AACCUUGUAAGAUGGACAUGAAGUUCUUCUGAUUCUGAGAAUCUCAGCAGUCACGUCUCUGCCUCAGCUGCACCCAGAGAACACUUUGAUCCACUCACCAGAGACUUUAUCAAUCCUCAGUCUUUAUUCUCCCAGCAGAAAAUUGAUUCAUCAGAAAGCAUUGAACAGGAGCUCAGCAUCAGGUCGCGGCUUGAGGUACGAGGCUCUUUUAAAAUCUUUCGAUGGGGCUGGAAACAAACUUGUGCCGUCCAUGCUCCCUGAGUGCUGAUGUUUUGGUUUCCACUCUAUAAAAAUAUUCUUAUUUACCAUAAUAACAACAAAUAUCAUGAUGUUGAACCAGCUGACAAAUGUAUCAUGUGCUUUUUAGAGAAAUGUAGUUCUGCCUCAUACAGUUAGCAUGCUUUAACUAGAUUCCUUUUUAUUACUGUAUUACAGAGACAUGUAAGCAUAACUAUUCGCUCUUUAAUUGUAAAAAGACUUAAGGUGAGGAAAAACAAUAAAUAACAGCUUUGGCCCUAAAAUGUGAUACAUACAUAACAGCUGACAGAUGUAAAUUUGUUGCAAUACUGACAAAAAGUCUGGAUUUUGCUACUUUUACUCUAAACAAUUAUUAAAACAUUAAAGGGAGUAAAAUAAACAGAUUAACAUAAAACGUUUGAAUUACAUAAAAACGUGUUUUUUGCACAAAUUCUCAGCUUCUGUGAUUCAAAGUGAAGGUUUGCUGCCCUCCUGCGACUGAAGGAGCUCACACACCUGCGCUGCCUUCAAGACACGUAGAAACUCGGACAUCUCAGCUACGUUUUCCUAGCAAUUCGGCUGACAAACACCCGCCGAUUAUAGUGACGUUUAGUAAAAUCACUAUUUAUAUUUUUCCUUUGAUCUCUUGACCUCAUCGUUGUUCUUUUAACGGUAAAACGUGAAAUACACACAGAGUGUCCUCCGGUCGCUCCAAGUCUCCGAUCUCCAUUUCAACCCCAGCCCGUGAACGCAGCACCAGGACCAGCCUGCCUCACAUUGUUAACGUUGAUUUCUCCCGUUCAAAGCAGCAUUUUGUCUUCCGUGAGCCGAACCUGGAUCACAGCCUCCCACUAACCGCAUGAAAUCUCGGCUUCGUCAGGCAGCGGGACCCCCACCGGCACACGCCCGAGCAUGAGGAGGAUCGGUGGCCGUUACCCUGCCCAGACCGGCGGCUGCUGGUAGGGAUGGUGUCGCUGUGAAGAGCCGGUGUGACGAGCCUGUGGUCGGGGAAGAAGUGCCUGGACAACAUGACUGUUUUCAACCCGGAAAAUGUGGAGGAAUUUUAUGACAUCGGGGACGAGCUGGGGAGCGGUCAGUUUGCUGUGGUCAGAAGAUGCAGACACAGGACUACAGGUGUGGAGUUCGCCGCCAAAUUCAUCAAGAAACGGCGCAGCAAGUCGAGCCGACGAGGGGUGACGCGGGAGGACAUCGAGCGCGAGGUGAACAUCCUGAAGGAGAUCCAGCACCCGAACGUCAUCGCGCUGCACGAAGUCUUUGAAAACAAGGCCGAGGUCAUCCUGAUCCUGGAGCUGGUGGCUGGAGGCGAGCUCUUCGACUUCCUGGCAGAGAAGGAGUCCCUGAGCGAGGAGGAGGCCACGCAGUUCCUCAAGCAGAUCCUGGAUGGAGUCCACUACCUGCACUCCAAGCGGAUCGCUCACUUCGACCUCAAGCCGGAGAACAUCAUGCUGCUGAACCGCUCAGUGCCUCACCCGCGCAUCAAGAUCAUCGACUUUGGACUCGCCCACAAGAUCGAUUUUGGCAACGAUUUUAAAAACAUCUUUGGAACUCCGGAGUUUGUAGCUCCAGAAGUCGUCAACUAUGAACCUCUGGGCCUGGAGGCAGACAUGUGGAGCGUCGGAGUGAUUACCUACAUCCUCCUGAGCGGAGCCUCUCCUUUCCUGGGCGACAACAAGCAGGAGACUCUGGCUAACGUGUCGGCGGUGGACUACACCUUCGAUGAGGAGUUCUUCAGCAGCACCAGCAUGCUGGCCAAAGACUUCAUAGCAAGGCUGCUCGUCAAAGAUCCAAAAAAGAGAAUGACCAUCCAGGACAGCCUGCAGCACCCCUGGAUCAAGCCAAAGGACACUCAGCAGGCUCUGAGCAGGAAGGAGUCGGCCGUCAACAUGGAGAAGUUCAAAAAGUUUGCAGCCAGAAGAAAGUGGAAGCAAUCGGUCCGACUCAUCUCCUUAUGUAACCGCCUGUCCCGCUCCUUCCUGUCCAGGAGCAACAUCAGCGUGGCCCGCAGCGACGACACGCUGGAUGAGGAAGACUCCUUUGUGAUGAAGGCCAUCAUCCACGCUAUAAACGACGACAACGUGCCGGGUCUGCAGCAUCUCCUCGGCUCACUGAACAGCUACGAUGUGAACCAGCCCAACAAGCACGGGACUCCUCCCCUGCUGAUCGCAGCCGGCUGUGGAAACAUUCAGAUCAUCGAGGUCCUGAUGAGGAAAGGAGCGGAGAUCCGGGCCCACGACAAGAGCGGAGCCAACGCUAUCUACUACGCGGCGAGACACGGCCACGUGGAGACCCUGAGAUUCCUCCAUGAGAAGAAAUGCCCCCUGGAUGUGCAAGAUAAGUCUGGCGAGACGGCUCUACAUGUGGCUGCUCGCUAUGGCAACGUGGAUGUGGUGAGCUACCUGUGCAGCAUCCGAGCCAACCCGGACCUGACGGACAGGGAGCAGGAGACGCCGCUGCACUGCGCCGCCUGGCACGGCUACUCUCCGGUAGCCCGAGCUCUCUGCCAGGCAGGCUGCCACGUGGACGCCAAGAACCGCGAGGGGGAGAGCCCGCUGCUGACGGCCUCUGCCCGCGGCUUCGUGGACAUCGUGGAGUGUCUGGUGGAGCACGGAGCCGAACUGGAAACCACCGACAAGGAAGGCCACACUGCUCUCCACCUGGCUGUGCGUCGCUGUCAGGUGGAGGUGGUCCGCUGCCUGCUCAGACACCGCUGCCACGUGGAUCAGCAGGACCGCCACGGAAACACGCCGCUCCACAUCGCCUGCAAGGAUGGAAACCUGCCCGUCGUCAUGGCGAUCUGCAAUGCCAAGGCUACCCUCGACCUUCCCAACAAGUCCGGCAGAACUCCGCUCCACCUGGCGGCGAACAACGGGAGCCUCGAGGUCGUCCGCCACCUCUGCCUGGCCGGAGCGAACAUCGACGCCGUCACCAACGAUGGAAAGACGGCGGAGGAUUUGGCUUCAGCCGAUCAUCACGAGCACGUCGUGUCGCUGCUGGGAAAGCUUAAAAAGGACAACCACAAGCUGAGCUACAUCCAGCAGCUGCGGCCCACUCAGACGGUCCAGCCCCGGAUCAAACUCAAGCUGUUCGGACACUCGGGAGCCGGGAAGAGCACGCUGCUGGAGUCUCUGAAGUGCGGCAUCCUGCGCAGCUUCUUCAGGAGACGGAGGACGCGCAUGACCAACACGACCCGGCACCCCAACUCGCCCGUCAACUCCAAACCUCCCGUGUCGGUGAGCAUUUCCAACCUGUACCCCGGCUGUGAGAACGUGAGCGUGAGGAGUCGCAGCAUGAUGUUUGAGCCCAGCCUGACCAAAGGCGUGCUGGAGGUCUUCUCCCCCGUGCACAGCGCUCUGUCUGCAGCUGACGAGCAGGCCACGAAGGCCAUCGACAUCCAGCACGCAAACAUCCACGGCGUGGGAGAUUUCAGCGUGUGGGAGUUUUCUGGAAACCCGGUCUACUACUGCACCUACGACUAUUUUGCAGCCAACGACGUCACAGCGAUCCACGUGGUCCUGUUCAGCCUGGAGGAGCCGUACGAAACCCAGCUGGGCCACAUCACCUACUGGCUGAACCUGCUGAAGGCCCUCACCCUGCCACAGGAAACCAUCUCUUUCGGCGGUCGGAUCCAGCAGCCUCUCGCGGUCGUCCUGGUGGCGACGCACGCCGACCUCGCCGACGUUCCCAGAGCGUUCUCUGGAGAGUUCAGCUACAACAAAGAGAGAGCGCUGCUCAAGGAAGUCAGGAACAGGUUUGGGAACGACCUGCAGAUCAGUGACAAACUGUUUGUGAUGGACGCUGGAGCCUCAAACUCGAAAGACAUGAAGCUGCUGAGGAGUCACCUGCAGGAGCUUCGAGCCAGCAUCGUCUCUAGGUGCAGUCCGAUGACGCUGCUGUCGGAGCGUCUGUUGGCCGUUCUGCCGACCUGGAGGAAGCUCAGCGGACCUAACCAGCUGAUGUCGUGGCAGCAGUUUGUCAGUGACGUGCAGGAACACAUCAACCCGCUGGUGAGCCAGGAUCACCUGCGUACGCUGGCCCUGCAGCUCCACAGCAUGGGGGAGAUCAACAUCAUGCAAAGUGAGACGGUGCAGGAUGUCGUCCUGCUGGAGCCUCGAUGGCUCUGCAGCAGCAUCCUCGGCAAGCUGCUCUCCGUGGAGACGCCCAAAGCCAUCCACCACUACAGGGGGCGCUACAGGCUGGAGGAGGUGCAGGCCCUGGCGCCUGAGAGCGACGUGGACGAGCUGCUGCAGAUCCUGGACGCCAUGGACGUCUGCGCCCGGGACGUCACCAACCCCACCAUGGUGGAUGUUCCUGCGCUCAUCAAGACAAACGGUCUCCACCGGUCCUGGACCGAAGAGGAGGAGGAGGAUUCGCUGCUCUAUGGAGGCGUCCGAAUCGUCCCGGCGGAGCACCUCACUCCCUUCCCUUGUGGCCUCUUCCACAAGCUGCAGGUGAACCUGUGUCGCUGGAGCCACCAGCAGAAGCCCGAGGAGGACGGCGCCGACGACAACGAUGGAGAUAUUCACCUCUGGACCAACGGCGCCAAAGCGAGCCAGGCAGGAGUGGAGGCCAUGAUCCUCCUGGUCAACCACGGACAGGGCGUCGAGAUUCAGGUCCGCGGACAUGAUUCUGAGCGGGCCAAGUGCUACACCCUGCUGGACACCCUCUGCAGUAUAACAGAGAACCUGCUGGCCUCCACGCUGCCCGGACAGCUCACCGCCAAAUACUACCUGAGCCCUCAGCAGCUGCGGGAACACCACGCCCCCAUCAUGGUCUACCAACCCAAAGACUUCUUCCGGGCUCAAGUCCAGCGAGAAACCUCGCUCACCAACACCAUGGGCGGCUAUCGGGAGAGCUUCAGCAGCAUCCUGGCGUUCGGCUGCGCUGAAAUUUACCAGCAGGGGAUUCUGGGGACGGACGUCCACAUAUCGGACGUGCCGCUGCUGGCUCGCCGGAAGCUGUGCCGCAUGCUGGACCCUCCGGACGCCAUGGGGAAAGACUGGUGCCUGCUGGCCAUGAACCUGGGCCUCACCGAAUUGGUGGCCAAAUACAGCAGCGGGACUCCAAACGGCACCUCUGAGCUGGACUCGGACACGGACUCCCAGCAGGCCGCGCUGCAGCCCAGCCCGACGGCGGCUCUUCUGCAGGAGUGGAGCGGGCGAGCGGGCAGCAGGGUCGGCGUGCUGAUGGCGAAGCUGAGGGAGCUCGGCCGGCGCGACGCUGCGGACUUCCUGCUCAAAGCGUCGCCCGUGUUUAAGGUUAACACGGAAGCGCUGGGAGGAGCCGCCAAUGGCUACCCGCCGACCUGCAACGGCGGCACGUCGUACAACUCCAUCAGCUCCGUCAUUUCCCGCUGAGGGCUCGCUGUCCCCGCCAAACAUUGGGAGGUCGCUCUGACGCGACGGACUCGUGCAAUCGUUCCGGUCCAGCUGCUCACGCUUUAAUCGCUCCGUUCCGUUGGCGUGCGAACCAGAUGUUGUGUUUGUGCUCUCCACACCUGUACAGCCGAGCUUUCCUCCUGCUACGAAUGUCGUGAAAGAACCGAACGCUCCGAGCUCCAAAGAGGAAUCCUGUGUUUUUCUUCUCUUUAAAUCUUGUUGUUUGCUGCUUCUUAACGUCCCUCCUGCUGCCGCGCACACUCCACUCUCACUCCAAGGAACAGCGCCGUGUUCUAAUCUCCACGUGUGGUGAGAAAGAUGGCAGCUGCACGUGUGGACCUCCCGCUCGAACCCGAGGGCUGAGUGUGUGUCGCGUUGCUCGCUCCGUCCAUCGCUUGCACCUAAUAUCAGCUCCCUCCUCGCUUCUGGUUUACUGAUGUGAAAUUUGGCCGUUCAGCUUAGCGUUUAAUAAAUUUACAGCAUUUUUUUCAGAGUGCCUUGGUGGCCUUCUACCUCCCUGAAGAGCACAGCCAGUCUCGUUAGUACAAAAGCAGAAGUCUUUUCCAGAUGUUUGAAGAACUGUGCCUUGUUGAUAUAAAAGUAAAAUGAAUUUCUAACACGUCUAUUUAGCUGGCGGGCUGUCACUAACAUGAAAAAGACCAUGCUGUAUAAGAAUAAAGGAGCGCUGGGCUCGUGCUGUAAGUUUCACUUUACACAAAAGCAAACACACAAAGAUGUGUUUGUGGAGACGACACGCGUUCGUGUCAGCAGUGGGUGGAACCAUUUCCUUCAUGUUUGGUUGGUGUGUUUGUUGAUGUUCCUGCUAAUCCUCAGUUCAGAUUUCUUUAUUCUUCCAUCCAACGGCUGAAACGUUUACCUUUACAGGUCCCAGAAUUUCCCAUGAAUGUCUUUGAAUAAACUCUGUCGUACAAGUUUAUUACAGUUUUGGUCUCCAGUUGGACUUUAAAGUUCGGUAUCAGUGUCUCCUGGACUCAGACAGUCAAAGUCAAAUCUCGCCUUCGAGUCCACGUCCUCACCAACCGCCUCCGUCACAGCUGCUAUUUUCAGAUCGCUGUUCAGACUUCUCGCACGUGUGCGGCUGUGAUUUCCCCCGAGCCUCAGAAUCAUACUCAAGUUAAACAUCAACUUGUAUCAGACGGAUCCGACCUCCAGAACCAUCAUCACUCUCAGAGCAAAGAGUCUAGGAUCGUGCUUCCUGUUUUUAUGUUUUCUGAGCCGUGCACCUUGAAACCAGAGUCAGACUGUCAGUGCAGAUUUCUCCUCUUCUGUGGUUUCCUGCACCUACACACUGACAUUAAACACCUUUGGAGGUCCAGCUGUGUUUGGUUCUGUCCAAAGAGAUCUAAAAAUAAAGAGUGAGGCUGAGAUCAGAUAAACAGAUCUUUAUGAGUGCACAUCAUAUCAGACCACGUCAGUGUAAAUGUAAUGUGCAAAUUCUAAAAGUGAAGUGAAGUUUUCACUUUUUUUUGCCAAUCCAGAGCAGCUUACUUAGUAACAGCAGUAUGCUGUAUUAGAGCAGCUUUGCAUGAUCCACAGCUCAAAAUAAUCCUUAUUUAUAUGAUACUGGGCCUUGGUGCAGCCGCUCUGUCUGAAAUAAGCUGUUUUUGCCCCUUUCUCUUUAAGCUAGCCUUCCUCGGAUUGGCUGCCCCUCAUUAACAGUAGGUCUGAAGGGCAGGUGGGCGGGGCUUUGGUGCCUAAGAUUGCCAUAUUAGGUAUAUCCGUCUCUGUGGCAUCAUGGAGACACCCCGAAGCCUCACGGGGAUUUAAACACCUUAAUUGUUCGUGUUUUUGACUCUGCUCAGACCAAAACCUUAGAAACAGAACGUUCUGGUUUGUACUCACAUUUUAAUAUCUGCGAUUCCUUUCCUUCCUUUUCCUCAAAACUCCAGGGAAGCUUUGGGACCUGUAAACAUCAGUGUUUCUGUAAACAUCAUCUUUCAUUCACACAAAGGGAAGCGUAGCCAUUUUUACAGAUAAAGGAGGGUGGGUUUUCUAAAGGACUCUGUCUUAUUGGGUGAUGCUGACCUUUUUAAAGUGUAACGAGUACCUGGAAUAGAAAGUGCCACUAAAACGCUAAAAUUCUAAACAGAAAGGUGAUUUUUUAUAAUUGGGUUGAUUUCUGUCCUUUUCUACUUCUCUUAUACGAGCAGCCGGUUACAGUAGAUGCUGACGCCGCGCCUCUUUGAUGCCUCCUCAUCAGGUUUUUAAAGCGUUAUCGCCGGCGCAGGGGCGUCAUUAAUCAAGCUGCCGUCCACGGUCAGAGUUUUGCACAGUGGCAUCGACGCCACCUCCGUCAAGCUAAAUUUGAGCUUCGGUGUCGGCGGGCCGCGCGUGGCUUCGUGCCUUCUUUCAGUUUGUCUUUGUGAAGCAUGAAGCCGCAGCCCGGCCACGGUCAGCACAAGCACAGGGACGCGGCAGCGUGAUGUUAGUAUUGUUAGCUGAAAAAGGCCAAAGGCUGCUGAUGACAGACAUGUCAGAGAAAAGCAUUUUCGCUUUGUGCGAGCUGGUGUUUUGUAACGUUUGUGCCCCUCACUCUGAACCUGAAGAAGAAAAAAGCUUGUUUUUCAGCGCACGUGUGUGUCGGGACGGUUUCAUGCCUGAAGUUACAUGUGACGGAUGUAAAGGACCUUUUUCAGGUGUAAAAGACGAGCUCCGUGCCAGAGUGCAGUAUUUGCUGUCAGCUUCUCUUCCUCCAGUGUUACCAUCUGUUCACAGGUUUAAACUUUCUUCUCGCCAAUCAACACAGCAAACUGUUAGCUGUGAUGUAAAUACUCAAAGCUUUUGUUAAGCUGUUUGGUUUUUGCUGAGGCAAAAAUGAAUGUACUGCACAUCUUUCCUAAACAUAUAAACAAUAAAAAUGAAUCAAAGACGCCAAUGUGUGCGCAGGAACACGAGGAAAUAAAAUGUCCCAAACUGAUUUGAUUUUUCUGUUUUUUAUUGAAGCUGUUGUCGGAGUUGUGUAUAAUCAUUGCCAAUGUUGUGUGCCUAAAACACACUCGUUCAUUCCUCUCUUUUUGCCUUGUACAGUACACGAGCUGAGAGGUGGCGUUUCGGAAAGGGAAGAGACUCUAAUGUGUUUCAGAGGAUGGUUAUUUUGUAAAAACUGCGAAUCACUAUGAUGAGUUUGUCUCUGUUCAGUUUCUUCUCCCUGGAAGCUUCUGAUGAGGUUGAGAUGUUUCUGUUUGAUGAGGAGAGACCGACUCGGUUUUACUGUCGGGUGACUUUUCCUCCUCGGAGACGCCGGUCUAAUCGCCGCAUUGCACAAAUCUUUCUGUUGCUAUUUAUGUUACAUUCUUAGCAUGUCCUGGAAUGCCAUGUUCUUAGAACUUCUGACACUUUAUAGUGUAAUACGUUUUAUAAUAAAUUCUUUACCUAA